AUGUCAGACCUUUCAAUUCUUCGCCCCAGCGGGCUAGCCCACGUCGUCUUCAGAACGGCCAACAUCAAAGUCAUGGUGGAAUUCUGGGCCACAUUCCUGGGCGCGGAGCGAGUGUUCGAAAACGACUUCAUUGCUUUCCUCCGCUAUGAUGAGGAACAUCACCGCAUUGCUAUCAUCAAUGAUGAGAGUACGGGCCCUCAUUCGGCCACCGCUGCGGGAAUGCACCAUGUGUCCUUCACCUACGCGACUCUCCGGGGUCUCCUCAAAGCCUGGGAGCUGAGAAGGAAGCUUGAUAUCAAGCCGACCUGGUGUGUCAACCAUGGCCCUACGACUAGUAUCUACUACAAAGACCCCGAUGGGAACUCGAUUGAGACUCAGGUCGAUAACUUUAAAACGGUCGAGGAGGCGAAUGAGUUCAUGACUUCUAAAUCCUUCCAGGAGAAUCCUAUCGGGACAAAUAUUGAUGCGGAGGAGCUCCUUCGCCAGUUGGAGGCCGGUGCGGAUGAGAAGGUCUUGAAAAGACGGGUCGAGAUUGGCUUUCGACACGAUAUUCCUAUGGCAGUUUGA